AUGGAAGAUAUAGAAGGAUACGAACCACACAUCACUCAAGAGUUGAUAGACCGUGGGCAUGCAAGACGUAUGGGCCACUUGGAAAACUAUUUUGCUGUUUUAAAUAGGCAAAAUAUGUACUCAAAUUUUACUGUUUACGCGGAAUUGAAUAAAGGUGUCACCAAGGGACGAUUAAAGCUUGCCUUGAGAUUACUUCUCCAAAAAUAUCCAAUUCUUGCGCAUACAAUAAUUCCUAAAAGGUACCCUCAUCAUGAAGCGUAUUACUCUAGCGAAGAGUACCUUGGUAAACCUUUUCCUCAGCAUGAUUUCAUAAAGGUGAUUUCUCGUCUUGAAGUCGAUGAUUUGAUUAUGAAUAAUCAACCAGAAUACAGAGAAGUCAUGGAGAAAAUCUCAGAACAGUUCAAAAAGGAUGAUUUCAAAGUCACAGGUAAAUUAAUCGAAUUGAUUACCCCUGUAGUCAUACCUCUGGGUAAUCCGAAAAGGCCUAAUUGGAGGUUGAUCUGUUUACCAGGUGGGGAUACUAAUGGAUACGAAACAUGGACAAACUUCGUUUAUGUCACUAACCAUUGUGGCUCCGACGGUGUUAGUGGAACAUUUUUUUUCAAAGAUUUAGCUCUACUCUUCUGCAAAAUCGAAGAAAGGGGUUUUGAUUAUGAUGAACAGCUCAUCGAAAAUAACGUCGUCAUUGACUAUGAUGAAGACUACACGGAAAUUUCUAAAUUUCCAAAACCAAUUACAGAUCGAAUUGACUACAAGCCUGCAUUGACUUCGUUACCCAAAUUCUUCUUGACAACCUUCAUGUAUGAGCACUGUAAUUUUAAAACCUCCAGCGAAUCUACAGUCACAGCCAGAUAUAGUCCGUCCACUAACGCUAACGCUAGUUACAAUUACCUGUUGCAUUUCCCUACUAAGGAAGUAGAACAAAUAAGAGCUGAGAUCAAAAAAAAAGUUCACAGUGGAUGCACCCUAACACCAUUUAUUCAAGCCUGUUUUUUUGUAGCCCUCUAUAGACUAGAUCGGUUGUUCACAAAAUCACUCCUCGAGUAUGGGUUCGAUGUAGCUAUCCCAAGCAGUGCAAGGAGGUUUUUACCAAACGAUGAAGAGUUAAGAGAUGCCUAUAAAUACGGCUCUAACGUUGGAGGCUCACAUUAUGCCUAUCUAAUCUCCUCAUUCAACAUUCCCGAAGGUGAUAACGACAAGUUUUGGAGUCUUGUCGAAUACUACAACGACUGUUUUUUAAAAUCGUACGACAACGGUGAUCACUUGAUUGGCCUAGGAAUUCUACAACUCGAUUUCAUCGUUCAAAACAAGAAUAUAGACAAUCUGCUUGCUACUUCUUACUUACACCAACAAAGAGGCGGUGCAAUCAUCAGUAAUACAGGGCUUGUCUUGCAAGAUACGACCAAGCCGUACUACAUUCGGGAUUUAAUCUUCUCGCAGUCUGCAGGCGCCUUAAGAUUUGCAUUCGGCCUAAACGUCUGCUCCACAAACGUGAAUGGUAUGAACAUAGACAUGAGCGUGGUUCAGGGCACUCUACGGGAUCGUGGCGAAUGGGAAUCGUUCUGCAAGCUUUUUUACCAAACCAUCGGCGAAUUUGCGUCGCUUUGA